AAAGUUCAAGCCGCGUGCUGUUAGUAGUAGACAAAAACAUAGAUUGAGCAGAAAACCUGAGCUGUGAGGGAAGUCAACGCGAUUUAACAAAUAAAGACAUGUUCGUGGCGUAAUACUGUAUUUUAAAUCCGUCUUCGAUCCUGAUAAAGUUACAGGCAUAUCAGCAGAGUACCUGGAGUUCCUCGGGUCCUUCUCCUCUAGUGUCAUUUGACGCGUCAAACCAAAACAUUUAUUAGAGGAUGCCCCAGCAGUAGUUAUCAUCUGUUGUUAUUAAAUGUCAAAAACGGACCAUUAACUAAGCAUCUCGAGUUACUUCUGAGGCUUCAUCGCAAUACCCGGAAACAAUUAUGUGACAUCGGAGGAAGAAGAGCCUCAUCAUCAGAGCAGAAAAUCUAGAGUCGCGUCAUCAUUUCCGGGCUCCCGGUCAUCGCCGGUAGAGUGGAUCGGGACGCAGGAGCGCGGGGGACGGGGAGCGGAGCGGUGUCCGUGUCCAUACCGAAACUGCGGGACGACAGCAUGGCCGCCGGGAAGGCAGCGAGCACACCGUCUCUCUGGCAGAACGAGCGGCUCCGGUUCAUCGUGUGCUUCUGCGGGGUGUUCGUCUGUUACCUCUACUACGGGAUACUGCAGGAGACGAUCACGCGAGGAGACUACAGUCACGCGGGGAAGAAGGAGCAGUUUCGUUACGCCAUCACACUAGUCUUCAUCCAGUGUAUCAUCAACUCCGCUUUCGCCAGACUCUUGAUUCAGAUAUUUGAGAGCUCAAAGCAGGACCACACGAGAAGCUGGCUGUACGGCAUGUGCUCUCUCUCUUACCUUGGUGCCAUGGUGUCCAGUAACUCGGCCCUGCAGUAUGUCAACUACCCCACACAGGUGUUGGGAAAAUCUUGUAAACCGAUUCCAGUGAUGAUUCUGGGUGUCAUAAUCCUAAGGAAGAGAUAUCCCAUGGCGAAGUAUCUGUGUGUGUUUCUAAUCGUCACCGGGGUCGCUCUCUUCCUCUACGAACCCAACAAAGGCUCCAGCACAUCAGAUGAACACACAUCUGGUUUUGGAGAAAUGCUACUGCUGCUGUCUCUGACUCUGGAUGGGCUGACCGGUGUAACUCAGGACCACAUGAGGGCACGGUACCAGACAGGAGCCAAUCACAUGAUGCUGAACAUCAACAUGUGGUCCACACUGGUCCUAGGAAUAACUGUGCUUUGGACAGGGGAGGUGUGGGAGUUUUUGGCAUUUGCUGACCGCUAUCCUGGCAUCAUCUAUAAUAUCCUCCUGUUCGGUAUCACUAGCGCUCUUGGACAGACUUUCAUCUUCAUGACUGUGGUGUAUUUUGGGCCGCUCACCUGUUCCAUCAUCACAACCACACGGAAGUUCUUCACCAUCCUGGGGUCUGUGCUGCUGUUUGGGAACAUCAUCAGCCCUAUGCAGUGGUUUGGUACCAUCCUCGUCUUCCUCGGCCUUGGACUGGAUGCCAAAUUUGGAAAGUCUCCUAAGAAGACGACAUACUGAAGACUGGAACCCGGUGUGUGCCUGCGUUUGAACCCCUGAAACAAACAUAGACAUUUACUCUAAAACCUUUACCACACUAACUUCAUAAGUGGUGUACUUAAGAGAUGACGUUUUAGCACUCAAAAUAUUGUUAUGCUGAUGUUCGGAACAUUUAAUUAUGGGAUAUAUUUGCCCUUCAUCUUGCAAAAUGGUAUCCUUGGAAACAGAGGGACAGUGCUAAUGUGUGUCUGUGCCUAAUCAUAAUCUGUCAUGCUCAUAUGGCAAAAUCGAAAAGAUAAAGGUUGGAUAAAGAUCCAAUUUAAAACUGUAGUCUAUAAAAUGUAGACACACCACAGUUGAUUGUAUUCCUUGAAGACUCCCUCCAGCGAGGCAGCGACUGAUUUUUGUAACUACCCCACUUCAUACUUUUGACACAUUUCUAUAAAUGCCUCCUAGAUAUUUGAGAAGUACAGGGA